AUGUCACAAUCAACUGUAAUAUAGUUCAAUGAUUGUCUCUGUGUUGUAAAGGUUGGUUUGAUGUUGUGGAAAAAUGUGGUUGUCAAACAACAAAUUGAUCCGCAGUAUUAGGAUAUUCCACAAAACAAAUCAUGAUCGACCCGUGUGAUGAUGGGAAUUAUUUGGUUCGUGUUCGGGCUCAGGUGAUGUCUAGAGACGACAGCUCCGGCGGUUGGGUACCCCUUGGGGGUGGGGGCCUCAGCAAUGUAUCGGUGCGGAAGAGACCCCGACCCUGCCCCGCGACCACUGGCGAGCAAGAUGCGCCUGCGCCAUCUAAACAAAAGCAUGAGUAUCUCAUAUUUGGAAAAAGGAUCAGCGAUCAGAACGUCGUAUUAAGUUGCACCAUCAAGAAAGACUUCGAAUACAACAAGGUUAUGCCGACCUUCCAUCAUUGGAAGACUGGAGACAAAAAAUUUGGACUCACUUUUCAAACGGCCGCUGAUGCUAGAGCUUUCGACAAGGGGGUGAGAACAGCUGUUGAAGAGUUACUGGACGGUUUUGCUGGUUCUUCUCCCCCACCUUUCUCGAAAUUCCCAAAAGAUGUAGGAGAUGACGAAGUUUUCAUGACAUUAAAUCUGCCACAAGAACCAAAGGAUUCAAGGAGUUCGAGCGAUUCCAGUACAAAAGGAAUCGAUUAUCUCCAUAAAAUUACUUAUCUCAAUGUUAAAGAUAAACCUCAACCACCAGAACCUAGACAACCCAUUUUUGAACCAAUGAAAGGCGAUAAAGGAGACAAUUAUUCCUAUGUCCAACUGGCCGUCCACGACUAUAACUAUCCAAUUCUGGAGGAUCAGAGAGCCAGAGAUUUCGAGGACGAUUUGAAGAAGCGCAACACAGAACUGAUGCAGCCUCUUCCAAUACUACCAGCCAAAAAAUCCACUAAGGGCAGGGCCCAAAUGACGUGCAAAUAUUGUAACGAGCUCUAUUUCGAAGACGGUAACCCGAGGGGUGCCUGUGAAUAUGGACCAGAUUGUUGGAAAUCUACUAUUAAUAAAUUGACUUGCAUGGGUUGUGUUCACUGUGUGUGUUACCAUUGUGCUGCUGACGCUGAAGGAGAAUUCGCUCCUCAACCUUGCGCUUGUGACUGCACCAAUGACGAUUCGUGUGCAAGGCGGUGGGUUUGUUUAACUUUCUUAUCAAUUUUCGUGCCGUGUUUGUGGUGCUACCCACCCCUAAAGAUGUGCCAUUGGUGUGGAAUGAAAUUGGGAGUUUGUGGUGCAAGACAUAGCAUGUGAUUGAAGAAUCGUUAUAUUUUGCGAUAUUAGUCUUAUUAAAAUUUACAUGUCAUUUGAAUGGAAACGUCAAGUUCUUCAUAUUUGCCAUUCCUUCUAUGUCUUGCUGAAGCAUUUCCUGAAAUUAUUUCCCAAUUGAAAAAUGAAAUGUUUGAGGGAUGAGAUGCAACAUCUAUACCAAAGGAGUUUGAAUUUUAUCAUUGUGUACAUAAUUGUGGGUUGCAUUUUAAUAUAUCAUUGUUAAGUGAGAAAGAUUUGCUAUGACAAAUUUUGUUCUAGAAUUGUUUCUUAUCAGGGAACUGAACUAUCAAUUUAAUAAUGCUUGUUACUCAAAGUUGAAAAUAUUCAAAUUGAUUUCCUUACAUUACCUUACAUUUGAAACUGCUUUAUCUAAUCUCGAACUAACUGUUUACACUGUUUUAGUGUAAUUUUUUCAUGAGUUUAUCUAAUGAUUCUUAACUCAUAAUCUGACAAUCUGAUUGAGCAUAUUCAAUCGAGUCGAAUUAAUAGUCUUGCCCUUAUUAUAUUAAUUCUUACUAUUUUUAAUGAAGUUCAUCAAGAUAUUCUUAUAUCCUUGAGAUGAUAUUACAUAUCUCCAUUUUCUCUUGAAAAUUGUUUUUAUUUUUUUUUUAAUGAAUUAUACUAGGUAGAUGCCACAAUUUUUUCUUAUAAAUUUAGCUAUGGGUUUCCCAAAAAAAGUAAUCAAUCAAAAUACAUAAAAAAAAUUUGUGUUCAUCAUUUCCAAUCAAUAUAAAUUAUGGGGUGAAACCCUGAUCUGUGAGCUAUAGAUUCUGUAACAGAUAUUUGAAUAUUUAUUGAUGCCAAAACAAGUUAUCAUACUUUUACAAUUAUUCAUUGUCGAGAUUAUAUUGAAUAAUAGAUAAAUAUAUUCCUAGAAUUUGAUUUGGAGUUUUUCAAAUGUGUGGUGGAUAAGUUAUGCAAUAGUUCAGUUGAUUGGAAACUUUUUCAUUUUUUAUACAAUAAUGUGCAGAUCGAAUGUUGGAAUUAUGAUAAUAUUACUUUGAAAAAUUCAUUCUAUGUAUUUUGUAUUCUUUCUUUAAAUUUAAAUUAAAAUAUUCUGAUCUCAAAGGUAGUAAGACUUAAGACAUACGUUUUUACAUACUCAUUUCUAGAAUGGUAAAAUCCACAAAAAUGAAAUGUUGGAGUUACAGUAUCUGUAAGCUAUAGAAAAAUCUCAUAAUUGAUCCAUAUAUCAAAAAGCUUAACGGGAAUGAAAAAUGAAGAAUUGUUGUUUUUCAGAUAGAGAUAUGUUAUUGUUACAUCUAUUGCUACGUUGAAAAUUAUAAGAGAAUCUAUUUCAUUUCUGUGUUGAAAUUUUUAUUGAAUUUAACAGAACUUAAGAUUGUUUGAAGUUAAAAAGUAUUCAAAUUCUUGGGGAAUAUUACUUAAAUUUAUAUAAUAGAAUAUCCUGAAUUCUCUUUGAUAUGUGUAACUAUUUUUAUACGAAUUCUUUUAUUUCAAGUUGAAUAAUAAUUCCAUAAAUAUAGACUUUAAGACAUCUGUGAUUUAAUGUAAGCAUUUCAUAGUAUUAGAAAGAUUAUUUGUUUGCAUCAAUACAAGAUGUUUUCUGUUUGAAAGCUUUAAUAUCGUAAAAUUAAUUUAUUGUUCGUGGGUGUCAGUGGAUAGAGUGCUCAACAACUGGUUGUGAACACUAUUCAGCUUUUGUACAUUUUCGUACAAAAAUUUAUGAAAAGACUGCAUUAAGUUGACCUCUCCAAAUUAUAGGUUUUGUAAAAUCUUCUUCUAUUUAUUAUCAAAUGAACAGAAUGCAUUUAUUUGUAAGUAAGCUUAUAUAUUUUCGAUUGUGUUCCAUUCAAUAAAACUGAAACAAACCAUUUCUCUGCAUAAAAGUAUUUAUUCAUGUAAUCAAGAGUUGAUAUUUUUCGUUGCACUUUGUUAUAUGAAAGAAUUUGAAGUAAUUUAAUGGUUUAUCUUUACAAUAAGAGCCAGGGGAAACUAAACCCGACACAAUUUUUUAGUAAUAAAAGUUGUGUCCUCUUGAUACUUGAUUGACUUAUAUGAAUUUUUUUAUGGUCAUCUUUCACAAUAAUUUUGGCAGCUAUUUAGAUUCACCACAAAAUUGUGUAUAUAUAUUACGCCUAAAAAAACAUUUACAAGCUAUUUAUCUAUGAAAUUGAAUAAAAAAAUCAAUCGUCAUUUUUCUGCCAAAUAAGAUAUACCGCAAAUAUGAUUCAACUUGAUAUGAAUAUUUCAACAAUUACUAAGUUUUCAUUAUUUAUUUUGUCAAGACAAAGAGAGAACUGGUUUGAAAUUGGUUUUGAAGCAAUUUUUGUUAAUGUACAAAUUUUAACUUUUUGAAACGUUGUAAUGUACUAUGUACUGCCAGAAUAAUAAAAAUAAUAGAUAAAUAAAUGGCAACAUGGUAAUGACAAUACGGCUAAAGCAUAAGAACAAACAUCGUAAUGAGAUGUUAGAAUCUGUCAAAAUAUCAAAUAAAUGUUUUCUAUUA